AUGGGCAAACGUAAAACCAAAGGAAAACCAAAUCCGAAAGCGAAACCUGGUUAUGCGAGAGCUGAUCAUUUGCGAACUUGCGCCCUGCACAUCGCCAAACUUGGAAACUCGAAAAAUGAUGGAUUUUCAAAAAUCAGCCGGCGAAUCUCGAAAUUAUGUCGACAAGUUAUGGAUUCGGAUAUGGUGCAGAUGGAACCGGAAAAGAAGCAAGUAUUUUGCAAAAAAUGUCGUGAAGUUUUAGUGGGAAAAAUUGCAAAAACUGAGAUCUCGUCGAAAAUCAAAAACACGAUCACAGAAAAAUGCGGAAAUUGUGGAAAUUCGAGAAAUUAUAUGACACUCAAAGGAUACGGGUUGGAAUUGAAAAAUCGCCAAGAAAAAAAUGAAAUAAAAUCUUGA